UUCUAUCAUGUACACAGUUGCUACAGACAUCCCAGUAACUUUAAUCUCAGCUUUGAACCCGAUAGGAACAAUUUUUCUUGUUGCUCCGUAUCGACGUGCUGUUUUUCGUUAUUUUGGAAUUACCAAAGCCCAAUCAACAGUUAUUCGUAUUCGCACAACAAUUCAAACAACAGUUCGUCGUUACGGGACAGCUAGUAUACACCCGAUUGGACGUUCUGGAAAUUAAACAUUUAAAUAAAGCCGAAAGAAAAAUUAAAAAGA